AUGUCGUGUCAUGUCGGCGCCGCCACUCCAACGUGCGACGAAAUCACUCCGGACCUCUGCGAGCUGCGGCAGACGAACGACUCCCUGGUCGUCAAAGGGCUUCGGCUGAACUACUGGAGGUUUGAGGCCUCGCCGCCGUCUGGCCUGGCAAACGAAAGGCUUCCUAUCGUGAUGGUGCAUGGCGGGCCGGGCUGGUCGCACGACUACCUUUUGCCGCUCAAGCAGCAAGCCUGCCGCGGCAGGACAGUCUAUUUCUACGACCAGGUCGGCGCGGGCGUGAGCGAGCGGCCGGCGUCUGCAAAGGCGAGCGCGCCGCACCUCUUUGACAUCGACUACUAUCCGGAGGAGCUUGCGGCACUGAUCCGCCACCUCGGCCUGCGCCGCUUCCACGUGCUCGGCUCCUCGUGGGGCACCAUCGUGGCGCAGCUCUUCGCUCUAGGACCGAACAGCGGCGGGCUCGCCGGCCUCGUCCUCUCGGGUCCGCUCAGCGACGCGACGCUGUACAUCCGGAGCCAGUGGGACCCGACGGAGGGCAUUGUCGGCGCCAUGCUGCCGGCCUUCGCCCAGCGGAGACUGCGCGCCCUCGACGCGGCUCGCGACUUCGGCUCGGCCGAGUACCGCGCGCUCGCCAAGGCUAUGAGGGCGCGCUUCACCGUGCGCACCUACCCUCCGCCGGACUGCUACACGAGGGCGUCGGGCCUGAUGAACGACGAGAUCUACGUCGGCAUCCAGGGCGCGUCCGAGUUCACCAUCGGCGGCGUGCUCGCGGGGUGGAACAUCACGGCGCGGCUGCCGGCCCUUGGCGCGCUGCCAACGCUGCUCACUGCGGGCAGGUUCGACACGAUGCGGCCGCCGCUGCUGCGCGCGAUGGCGGCGGCGAUCCCAAACAGCCGCACUCUCGUGCUGCCGCACUCGGGGCACUGCUCGAUGAUCGACGACCCAAAGCUGAUGAACGACGGGGGCCGCUGCAAGGGCGUGGGCUACACGGUGCCCACGGGCUCGCAGGCGAUCCCCUUUUGCUGCACCGUCCAAGGGUUCAAAAGGCCGCCCCUCUCGUCGGGCGCGAGCGUGCUGCAGUCGGCCGUGGCUGGGGGGCGGAGGGAGCCGCUCGCUCUGCCGCCGCUGCUCGCGUGGGGAGGCCUCCUGCUCUGGGUCGGCGUUUGGCUGGGCCGGCGGUACGAGCGGAGGCGCUCUGGCCGGGCGGCGAGGGACAUUCUGUAG